AAAAAACAACUCUAUAUAUCCUUCUCAUAUUAGCAUCAACUUGCUCUUAAAAAAAUCAAAGGAACCUUUCAACUAUAUAUACAUUUCUCCAUCAAAAACCAAACAAGAACAUGUAGACAGACAUACUCACCCUUCUUUUGAGUGGUAGAAGAAUUGUCCUUCCUUCUUAUUUGCUCUUCUUUAAAAUCAAACCAAUGUUCUCUCUUUACAAUCCAAUUUCCUAGUCUUACAUUUUCUUGCACAAAUUUUCAAUGGAAAUUCAGUUCCAACAACAAAAGCAGCAUAAAAGCUCGAGCGUUCCAGUGAAUAAAACAAGCAAAUUCAAGGGAAGACAUAGACCUAACAACAAUAAUAAUAAGUUUGUUGGUGUUAGACAAAGGCCUUCUGGUAGAUGGGUGGCAGAGAUAAAAGACACAACACAAAAGAUAAGGAUGUGGCUUGGCACCUUUGAGACAGCAGAAGAAGCUGCGAGAGCGUAUGAUGAAGCUGCCUGUCUUCUUCGCGGAUCAAAUACACGCACCAACUUCAUCACUCAAGUCUCCUUGGAUUCUCCUCUGGCUUCCAGGAUCCGAAAUCUACUCAAAAACAAGAAAGCAGGAAAAAAACAACAAAGGGAAGAAGAAAAUCUUGAAGUAUCUACCCCAUCAAAUAGCACUGUCACUACUAGCACUUGUACAAGUAGUAGCAGUAGCAGCAGCAUUGAUAACAGUACUCCUUCUGGCGAGAUAGUUAACGAUACCCAGUUUUUUGAUGAUGUGUACAAACCUGACAUGAGCAACUGCAGAGAAGAAUUUGAAUUGGGUCCUUUUCAGUCUGAUCUUUCAUGGGGUUUUGGUUCUGGUUUGGAUCGGUUUUCAUUUACUCAGGAAGUGCUGGACUUCCCAAGAAAUAUGCUGUUGCCUGAAACAAGUGACCUGGAGUUCACAGAAUUUGAUAGAAUGAAAGUGGAAAGACAGAUAUCGGCAUCUCUAUAUGCAAUGAAUGGAGUGCAGGAGUACAUGGAAACAGUUCAUGAUCCUACUGAAGCUCUAUGGGAUCUCCCACCAAUAUGUUAAUUACUCUAGGAAUGUUUACAAAUUGACAAGGAUAAACAACAAUUAGAAAUAGAGGUUGACAUCUUGUUUGCCUAAACUUGUUCUCCUGCUGUUUUUUUCACUCUUUAAAAAAAAAAAAAAAUUGUAAA